AUGUUUCAGACACAAGAUGGUGCUGGAAGCAGCUACACAUCAACCAUUUAUGGAUUUAUACGGGAUCAGAAGUACGAAGAAGCGGUGCGAAUUCUACAGAUCGAGUUAGAGAACCACCCGCGCAGUCGUGCAGCUUUGUCGCUGCUUGGAUACUGCUAUUACCACAUGCAGCUCUUUCAUCAAGCUGUAGAAAUGUAUGAACAACUAUGUGCCAGUCACCCCGAGGUGGAUGAGUAUCAACUCUAUUUAGCUCAGUCACUAUACAAGUCCGGGCAAUACGAUGCUGCCUCAAGACGAGCCAGUCAACUUGAAAAUGAACAGCUUGCCCAACGUGUGCAUUUGCUCAGAGCUGCCUCUUAUUAUGAGCAAAAUGACAUAAAGGCUACACGUUCCGUGUUGGAAGAGUGUCUACCUGAUGAUCCCACGACAAUCGUAUUUGAGGGUGCUAUUGAGUAUAAGGAAGGACGCUACGAGGCGACCCGUGCAAAGUUCUCGGAUGCAAUAAAUAUUUUGGGCUACCAGCCAGAUUUGUCAUAUAACAUUGCUCUCUGCUUUUUCAAGAUGAAACAAUACGGUAAUGCUAUGCGGCAGAUCGCCGAGAUCAUCGAAAAGGGCGUGCGGGAUCACCCUGAAUUGAGUGUAGGCAGUAAAAGCGAGCAAAAUACUGACGUCAAGUCUGUGCAGAACUCGACAGUUUUACGAGAGACAGCACUUGUUGAAGCAUUCAAUCUCAAGGCUGCGAUUGAGUACGAGAUGAAAAAUUAUAAAGGAGCUCGAGAUGCACUACUGGACAUGCCACCUCGUCAAGAAGAGGAACUGGAUCCGGUUUCACUUCACAAUUUUGGCCUGAUGAAUAUGGACGUGGAUCCAAACGGUGGCUUCAAAAAGCUUAAUUUUCUACUGCAAAAUCCACCAUUUCCUGUCGAAACGUUCUCCAAUCUGCUUAUCUUAUACACCAAGCAUGGAUUUCAUGAUCUAAUGGCUGACGUGUUAGCAGAAAACGCCCAUCUGACUUUUCAAUUAUUGUCAAAAGACUUUUACGACUUUAUGGACGCCACCGUGACGCUACAAACUUCCCCUGAGGAUGCCUAUCUCAAAUACGAUGACCUCGCAACCAAGCAUGUUGACAGACUGCGCAAACUGACUAAAAAAAUUCAGGACGCGCGACUUGCCCAGUCAAACGAUGAUAUCAAAACGUCUCUCAAAGCUUAUGAUGAUGCGCUUGAAGAAUUUAUGCCCGUGCUUAUGGCACAGGCGAACAUAUACUGGGAGCGCGGCAACUACACACAAGUAGAAAAGAUUUUCCGUCAAACAGCCGAAUUUUGCUCGGAACACGAAGCCUGGAAACUAAACGUAGCACACGUUUUUUUCCUUCAAGGAAAUAAAUAUGAACAGGCCAUUCAGUACUAUGAACCCUUUGUGAAAAAACACCAAGAUAACUUGCUUGAUGUGCAGGCUAUUAUCCUUGCGAAUCUUUGUGUGUGCUACGUGAUGAAUACGGAUAAUGAAAAAGCCGAGGAGUUGUUGCGCUCUAUUGAGCGUGAGGAAGAAGAAGAAUCGAAUCGAGAUCCCGAAAAGAGGCUUUUUCAUCUGUGCAUUGUAAAUCUUGUUAUCGGCACGUUAUACUGCUCCAAGAACAAUUACGACUUUGGAAUUUGUCGAGUCAUGAAGAGUAUGGAGCCAUAUCACCGUAAGCUUGGGCCGGAUACAUGGUUUUAUGCAAAGCGUUGCUUUCUUGGGUUAGCGCUCACGCUAGCAAAGCACAUGACAACUAUUCGAGACUCCACGAUGGAUGAUAUUCUCGAGUUUUUCGACUGCGCAGACCAACACGGUAAGGAAAUUUUCACGACAUCGGGAGCUGAUCAGAGUAAUUCCAGCACGGUGGUGUCAGAUGUUAUCCAACACACAAUCAGCUAUGAGGCUCGGCUUCUCAAGCGGACAUUCCUCAAGCUGCGCUCUUAA